AUGACGCGAGAUUAUACGAGAAGCGGCGAGAUAAAAACAAACAUGGAGGCUCAGCUGUGACAUAUUGGAUUUUUUGGCAAACAGAAAGCAGCCUAGUUUGACUUUUAUGAUCAUUUAAUUGAAAUGCUAAAUGCGAAAACGAAACCCUGAUGGAUACACAUAUUGUACGACAGUUUCAGAAUUUGCAAGUUUUGUCAAAAACAAAUGGUCUGAGGAUGGACGACCUAGUUAGUGAUCUCACCAUGGCACUAGAAGAAACUACAAGAUCACCAAAAUCAUCAAAAAAUUACAUGGCUAUGGCUUCAUCAAAAAGACAGAAGAAAAAAAAGGGAAAAAAGAAACGAAUAACAUGUGUUGAACUUGACAACACAAGUGAAGCUUCGGAAAGCAGUCUAGAAGGAGCACUUAGGGGUUACAUGGAAAGCCGUUUACAACAGAGUGAUUCUGAUGAUGUUUUAAGUAAAACACAUUACUAUACAAGACUAUCGAUGCCAGCAAGAACUGAAUAUAUACCUUCUGUAGAAUCAGAUUCAUUCACAGAUAACAUAUCUCCUGUAAAACCACAAAGACGAAGAAAAAAAUAUAAAUCCAUGGUCAUUGAUGUUGAAUGUAUGCCAGCCCCACAGAGUACAGUAGUGCCAUUCAAACAAAAAAAUAAAGCAAAAAUGGAAAUUGAAGAUAGGAAAGAAUCACCAAUACCAGAAACCAUCAAAGAAACCACGGUAGAACAAAUAUAUCCAGGAAAAAGGAAGAGAAGUUCCAAAUCUAAAUCAGAUACUAACAAGGACAACUCAGAAAAAUAUGAUACCAUGGAUACUGGAAAUGAAUCUCAGGAGAGUAGUUCCUGGACAAGUUUUAGUAGUAGUGACAGUGAGGGAAUAAGUACACAUGAUGAAGGAAGAGAAGCUGAUGAUGAACAGAGUGAUUUCUUCCAUGAGCCUGGACCAGCUUGUGGUAUACCUGGAAUCAUUCCAUGGUGGGACGACAAUGAACCUAAGGAUGAAAAUGAGAUGGAAUCGGAAAAAGAAUUCCAUCAAAUUCUGUCUGGAACAUUUGAAAAUAUGUCCAAAACUUCACAGUUACAAUUUAAAGCAAGAGUUACUCAAUUAAUGGCAAAGUCUGGAAGAGAAGUCAGAUUUGGUAGAAGACGGUUAAAAGAAAAGACUCCAGGUUAUACAGUAUCAAACUACAUAGAAGACAAACAAAUGUGGAAUUCCAUGCAAGGAGUAUAUUCUCCACCGUUCUCCAGUAAGGAGAAUAAAGAUUCUAAAAAACUCAGAAAAUCACCUGCAUUAACCAAUCCUGAAGGUUUUGUAGGAGAUGAAGCAAGUCCUAUACCAGAAUCUAACAUAGGCAAUAAAAUGUUACAAAGUAUGGGAUGGAAGCCUGGAUCAGGUCUAGGAGCAGAAGGGGAAGGCAUACAAACACCAGUUCUAGCAUACAGAAGACUCAGAAGAACAGGAUUAGGUCAUUCAAAAACAAAACAGAAAAAAUCAUAGAACCAGAUUUUACUUAUUCUACAUCAUUAUCAUAUAAAAUAAGGGUCAUGAUUUAUAGGUCUUGUUGUUCAGAUUUUUUUCUUUAGUGGCUCUGCUAAAAUUAGGGGGGAGGAGAAACUAUUGUGACCAUUAUUCUAACUGACAGUAAAGUUUGCUACGAAACAUGUUCCCAAAAACAGUACCAAUAAACAAAACAAUUAUGGAGGGAAAAUAUCACAUUUACAGAUAUUUUCCUGGUAUAUUGCCAAUCUUUUUAAAAUAUUGAAUUAC